GCAAAGAGAGGGAAACGGUUCGGCAUGAUUGACUCCUUUCCCACAUUCUCCCGCUCGCCCUCCCCGAAAUCGCCAUGGCUCCCGCCUCCCGCCCGCCGACGGCGACGCCUCCGGCCGCAUCCUCGUCCCGGAUAGACUCGCCGUCGCUCAAGGCAGCCCUCGCGAUGGCUCUCAUGCACUACAACCGCCUCCCCUCGAGAGCCGCCGCCGCCGCGGGCACCUCCACCCCGCCUCUCAUCCACUGGAAGCGCAAGGCUAAGGAGCGGAAGCGCGAGAUCCUCCGCCUCCGCGAAGAGCUCAAGCUCCUCCAAGAUGGGGUGCGCGGGGAGGAGACGGAGCCGCCAGUCGCGUCGUGCCGGUGCCACUUCUUCGACGGGUGCGGGGACCUACAACCGCAGCCGCCGCCCGGUGGCGGGGAGCACUGGGUCGACGAGGUGCUGCGGAGGAGGUUCCUCAGAUUGGCGCGGUGGAAGGAGAAGCGGCGGAGACUGGAUCGAUCUCUUCCCGUCACUAGUUUGAUGGAGUUCAAUAGAGAGGAUGAGAUACAGCAGCUUAGCUUGUCAACUGAUUUCCUGGUGGAGCUAUCGGAUGGCAUCUCUGCCAAAAGGGACUCCAUGUCCUCAUUUGCAACAUUCUCUCACCAAGCAGUAGACUUCAUUUUGGCUUCACUAAGGAACAUUCUAUCAACAAAAAGGGAAAGGGAACUGGUUGAGGAGAUAAUCGAUGGUCUAGUAGCACGUUUGAUGAAAAGGAUGUGUACCAUUUCUGAAAAUAAUUGUACUUCAGAUUCAGGAUCAGUUGACUGCUCAGAUGCCCAAUUUUCUGUGCAGCACUUGUUCCGGAAGUUAGGACAGGAAGAGUUCAUUGGUCAGCGGAUAAUCCUUGUAGUUUCUCAAAAGAUCUCAAAUCUAUCAGAAAUGUUACUUCUGGUAGAUCCGUUUGAUGAUUCCUUCCCUGAUAUGCAUGGCAAUAUGUUCAUUAUGAUUCAAUUAAUCGAGUUUCUCAUAUCUGAUUACAUAAAAAAUUGGCUAUGUUGCGAGCAAUUUGACAAAAAUUUUUUUGAAGAAUGGGUAAGAUCUAUUCUCAAGGCACGCAAAGACUUGGAAGUCCUAGAAAACAUAAAUGGGCUGUAUGUUGUGUACAUUGAGCGAGUGGUUGGAAGGUUGGCAAGGGAGGUGGCUUCUGCUGCCCAUCAGGGGAAGCUGAACGACGUCUUCUCCAAACUCCUGUGCUGAGAACGUCCAGCCUAAGACUUGCCAAUGUAUUUUACUCACAAGUCACUUGACUCACAUGUUUGCAGUUCGACUUCACUCGAGAAAUUAGCUAUCGUAGUCAACAUGUUUAAUAAUUUUCUGUUUUGCUGUUA